GAGAUAGUGGAGAAAGAUAUUUGAAGUGAUUGAAGUUGAGAAUUUGAUAAGGUUCUAAGGGUUUUUCAUUUCUUUCUUUCUUUCUCUCUUCUGGUUGAAGCAGCUCCAAAAUUUAGGUUUGAUAUAUCCACCAAUAUGUGGAGGUUAAAGGUGGCCGAUGGCGGAAACGAUCCUUACAUCUAUUCUAUGAACAACUUUGUCGGAAGGCAAAUAUGGGAAUUCGACCCAAACGCUGGCACUCCUGAAGAACGAGCAGAAGUUGAACGUAUUCAGAACGAAUUCACUGCAAAUCGUUUCAAGGGUUUUCCUAGCGCUGACUUGCUUUGGCGUCUCCAGCUUUUGAGAGAGAAAAACUUCAAACAAAGCAUACCAGCGGUGAAGAUCGAAGAAGGAGAAGAAGUAAGUUACGAAAAGGCAUGGGAUGCAAUGAGAAGAGGGGCGCACUUCUUAGCGGCCAUACAAGCGAGUGAUGGGCAUUGGCCCAGUGAGACAUCCGGCCCAUUGUUCUACAACUGUCCAUUGUUAAUUUGCAUGUACAUAAUGGGCUUUUUGGAUGCCGCUUUCCCUCCCGAGCAUAAGAAAGAAAUGAAACGUUACAUUUACAAUCAUCAGAACGAAGAUGGUGGAUGGGGGUUACACGUAGGUGGUCACAGUAAUAUGUUUUGCACUACCUUUAAUUACAUCUCUUUACGUCUACUUGGCGAAGGACCUGAUGUUGAGCCAGUUGCUAGAGGUAGAAAUUGGGUUCAUGAACAUGGAGGUGUUACCUCAAUUCUUUCGUGGGGAAAGACGUGGCUCUCGAUAUUGAACGUGUUCGAUUGGUCUGCAAGUAAUCCCAUGCCUCCCGAAUAUUGGAUGUUUCCCACUUGGGUCCCCAUUCAUCCAUCAAACAUGAUGUGCUACACUCGAAUCACCUACAUGCCCAUGUCUUAUUUGUAUGGAAAAAGGUUUCAAGCUCCUUUAACGCCUCUUGUUUUACAAUUAAGAGAAGAACUUCACACCGAACCCUACGACAAAAUUAAUUGGAAAAAAGUUCGCCACAUGUGUGCUACGGAAGACUUAUACUUUCCACAUCCCUUUGUUCAAGACUUGCUUUGGGAUACUCUUUAUUUGUUGAGUGAGCCAUUGAUGACUCGAUGGCCUUUUAACAAAUUGAUUCGCCAAAAAGCCCUCGAUGAUACUAUGAGACAUAUUCAUUACGAGGAUGAAAAUAGUCGUUACAUUACCAUUGGUUGCGUCGAAAAGCCAUUGUGCAUGCUUGCUUGUUGGGUUGAAGAUCCAAAUAGUGACUAUGUGAAGAAGCACUUUGCAAGAAUUCCAGACUAUUUAUGGAUGGCUGAAGAUGGAAUGAAAAUGCAAAGUUUUGGUAGCCAAUCAUGGGAUGCUGCUUUAGCCAUGCAAGCUCUUCUUGCUUGUAAUAUUCCCCAAGAAAUUGACUCUGCACUCAACACUGGCCAUGGAUUCAUCAAGAACUCCCAGGUUAGAAACAAUCCUCCUGGUGAUUACAAAAGUAUGUUUCGGUAUAUGUCUAAAGGAGCUUGGACCUUUUCUGAUUGUGAUCAUGGAUGGCAAGUUUCUGAUUGCACUGCCGAGAACUUGAAGUGUUGUCUACUACUAUCGUUACUACCACCUGAAAUGGUCGGUGAGAAGAUGGAACCUGAGCGUUUCUAUGAUGCUGUUAAUGUCAUCCUGAACAUGCAAAGCAAAAACGGUGGUUUACCAGCUUGGGAGCCAGCCUCAAGAUACUAUUGGAUGGAGUGGUUGAAUCCAGUGGAAUUUCUCGAAGACCUAAUCAUCGAGCACCAGCACGUGGAGUGCACGUCCUCAGCGUUACAAGCCAUAUUACUAUUUAGGAAACAAUACCCCGGACAUAGAAGGAAAGAGAUCAAUAAUUUCAUCAACAAAGCAGUUCAAUUUCUUCAAGACAUUCAAUUGCCUGAUGGUUCUUGGUAUGGAAAUUGGGGGAUUUGCUAUACUUAUGGAACUUGGUUUGCACUUAAGGCAUUGUCAAUGGCAGGGAAGACCUAUGAAAAUUGUGAAGCACUUAGGAAAGGAGCCAAUUUUCUAAUAAAGAUACAAAAUCCAGAAGGAGGGUUUGGAGAGAGCUACUUGUCGUGUCCUUACAAGAGAUAUAUACCGUUGGAUGGAAAAAGAUCAAAUUUGGUGCAAACGGCAUGGGGUUUGAUGGGUUUGAUAAGUUCUGGACAGGCAAGUGUAGACCCCACUCCUAUUCACAAGGCUGCCAAGUUUCUCAUCAAUUCUCAAUUAGAAGACGGCGAUUUUCCACAAGAGGAAAUUACGGGAGAAUUCUUCAAAAAUUGCACAUUACACUUUGCAGCAUUUAGAGAAGUAUUUCCAGUGAUGGCAUUAGGAGAAUAUUGUAACAAAGUUCCAUUGCCUUCCAAGAAAAAACAAGAAAUUUAAUACUUAAAUUAACCCUACAAAAAUAUUAUUGUUAUUAUAUAUCCAUAAAAAUGGAGACUUAGAAAAGAAGAAGAAGAUAAUUUUUCUUAUUUUUCUGGUAAAAGAUCACAUGUAAUAUAAUAACUAAACAAAGGUUGAUGCUAAUUGUACUUAAAAAGCACAACUUUUUAGUUA